AUGCUGUUUUUUGGUUACUGGUCACUAUGGUACCAGUAUGUCAAGCAACAGAGCAUGGCUUCCUUAUUCUGUUCACCCAUACUGUAUCCAACCAUAUCGAUAUCAUCACUUUCAGAGCGCGGAUCUCUCACGUGGCGGACGGAAGCGGACCUUAAACCUCGCCAAAGUCAAAUCGCCCGUGACAAAGCUAUAGCAGGGUUCAUGGAGCCACUCGUCAAUGAUAUGAACCUGGAAAUCCGAGAUACCCAGAACGACCGACCGGAACGAGACGGGGAGCACGAUGGCCUGGCGGCGCGAGCAAAUUUGAACCGUCGAGACCAUGACCAUAUUCCGAUGGCACCAGUAGAGCAUCUGCAGCCGGGCAGGAUGAGCACUCCCGUAUACUUGGUGCUUUUCUCACUGGCAGUAAUUUGCCUCGUCAUGAGAAAGGUCACCUUGGAUGCUUUUCUUCCCCCAAUCAACUGGUGGAUCCCAUUACCAUCUCUGUGGUCUGUCUUGGGCGGUAGGGGUUCCAAGUCUUCUGUAACCCAGUCAUCGCCAUCUUCAGAGCCAUGGUUCAAAGGAGCCACCGAAACAGCCGCCAUCAUCAUCAAAACUAUCAUGGCAAUUCUCGGUGGCAAGUACAUAAUCAUUAACGGAUCUCAAUGUCUCGUCAACUUUCUCCCGAUAGAAUCUGCUCCUCGCCUUCUAUUGGAAAACGGCACUCUGAGACAGACCCUUACGCUUAUGAGCUAUUUCAUCCUCCCCACCGCAACGUCGGCUACGAUCUCCUUGGUUGUCCCAAACGGCUUCUGCAAUCCAAAGGCCAACGUUCUCCGCUUCUGGCCGCCUCGAACACGAGAUGAUAUCAGGGCAAUAUUGAACGGAUGGAGCGGCCUCGCAGGUCUUCACUUGAAAACGGGCGGUAGCAUGACGCGGAUGUCCAAGUGGAAAUGGACUUUCGGGAGAGCUUUCGUGUGGUUGUUAGGGGUCGCCACAUGGACGACGGUUGAGAUUUACUUCGGCCCAUGUCGAUACUAUCUUCUGGCUUGGCGAUUCUGGUUUUCGAUAGUGUCGGUCUCUUUAGUUUCGUGGUUUCUUGGCAACGCUGAGGAGUUGAUUGUGACGAGAUGGUCUUCCGUGGGACUAGUGCAUGUGGAGUUGGCGGCGUAUCUGGCGGUCUUCCACUUGAUCAGGCACGCAGACUUGGAUGGGGUUUGCUCAAAAGCGGAUUGUUGGUAG